AUGCGCAUCGCCCGGCCCCGAUUGAGGGUCUCCCAGCCUCAAUCGGCCUUCGCAGAGGGUAGUACUCGAUGGACCAAUUUGGAUCUCGACCCCGUGCCAUUGCUAGGCCGCAAAUGGGGUGUAAUGAGUCUCAUAGCAUAUUGGAUCUCCGAUGCCUUCAAUGCCGCAACAUGGCAAUUCGCCAGUAGCAUCAUUGCUGUGGGCCUCACAUAUCGAGAGGCCCUGGCGAUCGUCGCAAUCUCCUUCUUCAUCAUAUCCUUCGUGAUCGCCGGUAACGGUGCCGUGGGUGCCAUUUAUCACGUUCCAUUCCCCGUGAUCGCGCGUGCCAGCUGGGGAUUUUGGGGCUCCUAUAUUGCCAUUGUCUCGCGAUUAAUUCUGGCGGUCUUUUGGUUUGCCAUUCAAAAUGUCAAUGGGGGUAACUCGGUUCGAGUCAUGAUCGGAGCCAUCUGGCCGAGUUUUCUGGAACUGGAGAAUGAUAUUCCCCUGUCGCAGGGCAUCACCACAAACGGAAUGAUCGCCUUCUUGAUCUUUUGGAUCAUCCAAUUCCCCUUUUUAUGCAUGCAUCCUAACAAGCUGCGGUGGCUGUUCACCGUCAAGUCGAUCGUGGUGCCACUGGCCUGGAUCGGAAUUUUGAUCUGGGCCUUUACCGUGGAAAAAGGUGGUGGCGCGAUCUUUGCUCAGCAAAAGGCAACCGUCUCGGGCUCCAAGUAUAGCUGGCUGUUUCUGGCCAACAUGACCUCGGUCCUGGGAAAUUAUGCCACUCUCAGUGUGAAUCAGUCUGAUUUUUCUCGAUAUUCACGGAUCAACCCUCGAUGGCAAUUGUUGUACAUCCCCAUGCUCCCCGUGAUAUUUACCUUCAUCUCAUUCAUCGGCAUCGCUGCAUCAUCCGCCGGUCAAGCACACUACCAUCUUGCGACUAUCCCCUGGGACCCCAACGAGUUGAUCAGUCACUGGCCCAACCGCGCUGCACGCUUCUUUGGCGCGGCAUCUUUCGCGAUUGCAUCGCUAGGAGUCAAUAUUUCGGCCAAUUCGCUAUCGGCUGCAAACGACUUUACCGCGCUCGCUCCUCAAGUGUUGAACAUUCGUCGCGGUCAGAUUCUUUGCGCUCUGCUCUCGUGGGCCCUGGUUCCCUGGAAGAUCCUUGCUUCGGCAGGCAACUUUCUAAGUUUCAUGAGCGCGUAUGCGAUCUUCCUUGGACCGAUCGGCGCAAUUAUGCUGUUUGACUUUUGGGUCGUCAAUCGCGGCCGCUACGAUGUUCUGGCGUUAUACCAACCUCGAAACCCCACAUAUCGAUAUGCGGGGACGCUCCCAUUCUCGAAAACCUCGAUCUGGGGCUUGAAUUGGCGCGCUUUGGUCUCCUUCAUCGUGGGAGUGGUGCCGAGUCUACCGGGUUUGAUCAAUGGCGUGGACUUGAAGAUUGACGUUGGUGUCGGUGUUCAUCCAUACCAAUUUGGGUGGUUGCUGGGAUUCGCCGCCACAGCAGUCGUCUAUCUUGCUCUGUCGUGGCUCUAUCCAGCAAAGCACACUCAAGUGGCUCGGGCGGUCCUUCCGGACGAGAUCUACGACGGACACGGGAUUGUGGUAGAAGGGGUCGAGGCCGAAAGUUCCGAGAGAAUUUCGGCGACUUCCCGGGGCGAAAAAGUGCCCGACGAGUCGGAAAAGGUAGUUUAG